GCACAGCAUAAUCAUUAGUCAUGUUAUGCGUGCUAUGCACACAUAGAGUCUUUAUUUGUUUAUUAAAUGUUUAGUGUAAUUAAUUGCUUUAUUUUGUUAAAUAAGUUCGAGUUUCCAUAGCAAACGUUUUAUUUUGUAACGUAGAGAACCAUAGGAGAACCCACUAAAUAUUUAUAUAACAGGAGGAUGCUGAAGAAAUUCGUAUUUUGAUUGAAAAAAAAGAAAGUUUCUAAUGUUUCGCCAACAAUGACGAUUCUUUAUGGUCAUUGCAUUGUAGACUAGCCCUUUCGCAACCAAAUCACAAAUCAUGGACAAUAUGAAUCAACAAUUACCAAAUGAAGUAUGUUGUUCCAAUAUGCAACACCCACCGAACCACUAUAAGAGUAAAGGAUAUCGGACCUUUAAGGAUGGUCAUCGAAAUGAUUCAUCCAACGCUAAAUUCAUCUAUGAAGAUUCUCCUGGACGUUUAUACAGAAGUCGGUGCGAGAGAAAUCAACAAAUUCCACAGCCAUCCACUAACGAUUCAUCACGAGUAAAGUGGUCCCGUAACAAUAUUGCUAUGACAAUGGAAUACUUUCAACCAAUUUCUUCAACGCCCAAACGUUAUUCAAGCCAGUCGGAUUAUUCUUAUGCAUAUUACGAGCCUGGUGCAGUAAUGCACCAUUCAAAUAUACCAAAAACGCCAACAACAGAUCAACCAAACUGUUCAUCUACACGAUCAUCACCAAAAUCAAUUCGUUCCUUGUUGUCUAAACCUGACGACAAAACAAAGCCAAAAGAUCGUUACACCUACACGACUCGAUACGGAACCCAAGAAAAUAUCUACGAGGACGUUUCCUCCAUUAGAUUGCAGCCUAGGCUCAAUUCAUCGGGUCAGCCGGUCAGUGCACAAGGAACAUCGAAAAUCGAAUUUCAAGAUAUUCUCCAUAACCAUUACAGAGUUUUGGAAGAGCUCAAUUUAUCGGUGGAAGAAUUGUUUCUGUCUACGCCGAAAAAAUCGAAUGCUCUUUCGCCCAGGAAUUUGUUGAAGCGAUCUACGAAAUACAGAAAUAAGGCGAAGGGUUCCGAUGUAAUUAGCUGUAAAAAUGUGUUUGCCUCAUCAGUGAAUGAGCUAGUGGUUGCGGAGGACAGUGGCUUCAGUGGAAGCAGUAGCGGUGCCAGUUAUGUUGGCAGUCUAAGAAAUUACAAAACUGCUCUGACGAGGUCAAAUCGUAACUCAAGGGAGAUCGACAAUUUUACCAAUGCGAGUGAUUGUAAUGCAUCGCAAGGAUCGAUAAAUGUUAAAGUGCCGAACAAGUACCAAAAGAUAUCGCUCCAGUUGUUGAAUCAAUUGAAGGGCGAUAAAAGUAGCAGUUCGUCGAAGGGACUUAAAUUUCCGUUUUGGAAUAAGAGAUUAAAAUGAAAUUAUUUUUUGAUGUAUUUUUUACUAGGCUUUGGCUGGUUCAUAUUGAGCCCCAAAUAAAAUUAAGGAAAAAGAA